UCAUUAUCAUAUAUGAUGUAUUUAACAUGUACACCGAUGACCCAUUACUUAAUUGGAAGCGAAUGGACAAAGAAAAUAGCUUCCUGAAAUCGGGGUUUCUGUUGAAAUGGCUGAUCAAGAGAUGGAAGAUACGCUGGUUUACUCUCCAUGAGGAUGAAUUAAGAUGUCACCCAAAGAGAGAUAAAUCUGUAGUGAUCGAGACAGUUUCUUUGCAAGGGGCUUCAGUUGUCUGCCCUUGUUUUGAUGAGCCAGAUAUAAAUGUUGAGCAUGCAUUUAAAGUGACAACUCCGAAUGGCGGGGAGCUUCUGUUCCAGGCAGCUGGUUUACAGGAUAGAGAUAGAUGGGCCCAUGCUAUAGGAGCAGUCAUACGCUCAAUUACAUCCUCUAGUCAGAUAUCAAGUAGCCCAGUGAAAUUUCAACACUUCAGGGCCAAAGCAAAUGUCACGGAAGUGCUUGGAGCCUUGCAAGAUCCAGAUGCUGGUGUAGAAAUGAAAAGUCAUGUCCGCAAUGGAAUUGUACAUAAGAACUGCUUUAAAGGAAGUGACAUCAUACAAUGGUUGCUACGCUGGAAUAUUGUCCGUAAACGUAAUGAUGGGGUGGCGCUAGCACAGACUUUGUUAAAAUUAGGUCAUCUACAGGAAGUGGAUAUAUCUGACGGAACCGUCGGUGCCUCCCAGUUCUUCAAAGAUGAUGAAAAGCUCUAUAGAUUUACCUCAUUGAAUCUUGGUGCUCAACGUAAUAGCUACUUUGAUAGUUCAGAUAGUGACUCUAGUCUCUCCGAUGAUGAAGACGAUGACGACUCUAGAAUUGUAGAGAAAGUAAAAAAAGGAAAAGUCAUCAAAGCUGGUUUCCUAUCCAAAAAGAAAUCACUUCGUAAAGGGUGGCGUUUUGUAAGAGUAAUACUCCGAGAUAAUCCUCCACUGUUGGAAUAUGAGUGCCCGUAUCAGAGGACAAGUAAGGACCAAAAGAUUGAUCCGAAAAGGUCAAAAUGCAUUGAUUUGCAGAACUGUUUCCUUACAGAAUCCAGUAGAAGUACAAUAGUAAAAAAAGAUGACAAGCUGCAGCAACCCUCCGGGAAGCUCCGAAUCUAUAUCCGAACAAAAGGUGGAAAGUGCCGCACAUUUCAAACAAAGGAUGAUGAGGAAUGGUUCGAAUACAUAUCUCUUCUACAAUCAAUGUGUCUUGCUGGGUCGUCAGCAGGGAAAUCCAAAACUUCCACAUAAGUUUUAUCCAAAAUUUCCACAAAGAGUUUUAACAACCUGUUUGUUCGAUUCUGACUAUAUUUUAUCCCAUACAUUAGAUAUAAGUGCUGCAUCAAAGUACUGUAUCAUUCCUAAAAUUUUAGUGCUGUGUCAUUCUUAUAUAAUUAGUGCUGCAUCAUUUGUAUAUGGUUAGUGCUGCACUAUACGUGUAUGAUUAGUGCUGAAUCAUUUGUAUAUGGUUAUUGCUGAAUUAUACGUAUAUAAUUAGUGCUGCAUCAUUUGUAUAUGGUUAGUGCUGCAUUAUAUGUGUAUGAUUAGUGCUGCAUUAUACAUGUAUGAUUAGUGCUGAAUCAUUUGUGUAUGGCUAGUGCUGCAUUAUACGUAUAUGAGUAGUGAUGAAUCAUUUGUAACUGAUUAGUGCUGCAUUAAACUUAUAUGAUUAGUGCUGCAUUAUAUGUGUAUGAUUUGUGCUGAAUCACUCAUAUAUGAUUAGUGCUGCAUCACUUGUUUUUGCUAUUUUAAAUGUAAAUCUUGCUUAGAACUUGUACCCUUUUAAGAUAAAGGUGUAAGAUUAUAAAAAGAUAUAAGACAAAUAAAACCUUAACAAAUGUAUGUAUCUUGUUUGCAAUAUUUAAAUAGCUUGGAGGGACUAUUAGUAAAAGUGCUUGUGCAAAAUAAUUUUUGAAUUUUACAAAGAAUAUGUGAGAUUAGCUCAAUUUAAAAGAUUAGAUAUCUUAAAGGAAAGCUUUUUGUUGUAACUGUGAAAAUUGUAGUUAAGCUUUUGGAAAAAGAUGUUGAAUUGCUUUUUAUAUUAAGCAAAUUUUAUCUAUAUUUUAUUGUGUAAAAAUAGAACAAAGAGCAGAUAAUCUCUUCAUUAAAUGCUUAUAUUAAAGGGACUUGCCAUUUUUGGAAUCCUCCAUGCGUAUUUUAUUAAAACUUUGGUAGAUUGUAAGUGUUCUCAAUAAUCUAGAGAUAAAAUGCAUUUUGUAAAGCUCAACUGAUUAGUUUAGCCAGUUUUUUUUUUCUCCUAUAAAUGAAUUUGUAUUUUGUAUGUCUAGCAAUAAGAAGGAACUGUAUCGAGGAAAGGUGCUUGUACACAGUCUUUUGUUAUAUACUUGUUUUUUAAUGUUCAGAUAUGAACCAAGUUAUUAUUUUAAUUAUAUGUUUUUAUACCACAAUACCUAAUUAAUGUAUAGAUUUUAAUGCUUUAAGAAAUUAAUCGCUUCAGCCUAAAUUAUUAAUAUAACUUGAGUUAACUUAGAUUAUAAAUUAUUAGUAUAACAUGAGUUAACUUAAGUUAAAAUUUUGUUAACUUUAGGUAACCUUAUUUUAAUUAAUUAAACUUUACUUUUGUGAACCUAAUUUAUGUUAACUUAAGUUCACUUAACUGUAGUUCUCCUUACUUUAAUUAACUUAAUUUCAUUGAACUUAAGUUAACUAAACUUAAGUUAGUCUCUUUUUAAUUUUUAUAGGUUAACUUUGUUAACCUAAUUUUAAAUUAUGAGAAUCUAAUUUAAGUUAACCUAAGUUUACUUAACUUAAGUUCAUCAUACUUAAAUUAACUUAAGUGAACUUAAGAUACCUCAGCUUAAGUUAACCAUCCUUUUGUGAACAUACCAGUAAUUUUUAUGUUAACAACCAUUGACAGUAUAUUAAAAUAUUAUCUAGUAGAAGUUUUAAGAUAAUUUUUUUUUCUUAAACAACAAUUAACAUUACAUGUUGUAUAUCGAAAUAUAAUCCUGUAGAAGUUUUAAGAUAAUCAUGUUGUAUUGUAUUAUUGUUACUUGUUAUAGUCCAGAAAAUUGAUUAUAGCCAGGAAAAAAUUCCUUGAGGGAAUAUAUUAGAAGUCCUGUACCAUGUAUAACCAUGUUAUUGUUAGUCAUUAUAUUGUUAGUAUAUCAAUUGACAUAAAGUCUAGUCAUUUGUUAUAUUGUGUUGAUAAUCGAUACUGGUUCCCUUAUAUUCUAGUGUUGUAAUACAAAUGUAUAUAGAAAUGAAUAUAGUUACAUUAAUUGUUUAUUAUUCUAGAAUAAUUAACUAUUCGUUAACUUUCUUUUUUUGAAAAUCUGUAUAUUAAUGUAGAGUGUAAGGAGGGGAAAUGAUUUAUUGAUCAUUUUCAAGUAAAAAUGAUUAAAAAAAAUAGAUAAUAAUAGACAAUAAUAAUUGUUACAGAUUUCAAGGAAUCUUGUGUACUAGCAUAAAUACUUGUUUUACAAGUGUUCUCUUUUGUGAUUUAUUACUUAAGUUAAUUAAAUGGAGGUGUUCAUAUUGUUCAUAUCACUAGAACAAAUAUUUUCUGUGAACAAAUAACAACUGACCACAGUUAAUUUUUUGUUAAUGUUCACAAGUACAGCUUUUCACAGAUGACAUCUUGUUAUGAUUCACAAGUACAGCUGUUCACAGUUGACAUCUUGUUAUAAUUCACAAGUACAGCUGUUCACAGUUGACAUCUUGUUAUGGUUCACAAGGACAGCUAUUGACAGUUGACAUAUUUUAAUGAUUCACAGAUACAGCUGUUCACAGGUGACAUCUUGUUAUGGUUCACAAGAACACCUGUUAACAAUACAAUCAGUGUUAACUAGCCCCAUUUUUGUUCACAAGUUUCAUCUGCACUCAGUGCAUAUCUAGGUACUGUUUACAAGUGCUGGUGUUCUUUUUUGCAAUCGCUGUUCACUAGUACCAUGGCUUGGUGUUCACACUUUUCAUCUUAUCUUAGUCCAUGAUUAAUUACUGUUCACAUGAGCUGAUGUUUUGACUGCAUUCUCUGUUCUUGUUCACUAGAGUCAUCUGUUCUCAGUAGGGGUGUCAUCGAUUCAAUCAAUAUCGGUGUAUCAACGAUCUUUGUUAUCUGAUUCGAUAUCGAUUCCAUUUUUUAAAUAUCGGAUACCGAAUUCACAUAUAUUUCUAGCUAAAGAGACUUCAGCGACCAGGUUUUAUAGAACUGAUAGACCUGUUUACUGUCGCAAAACGUCAAAAUAAAAGCGACAUAUAAAGUUAUGGAAGCCAGAAACAUUUUUUUUCUAAAAUGAAAACGCAAAUCAAUGCCAAAGUUACCUUCCAGUGUCUCUAACGAAUGCUGCCUAAUUUCGUUGUAAUCUCGCAUGUCUGCUAAGUGGAUGUCAAGACCCCUCAAUUCAGAUUUUAAAAAGGGAAAAUGCCAAGAAAAUUUGUCAGUGUUUCUUUGUAAAAAUUAAGAUUACAAAAUGUUAAACUUUAAUAAUUAUUCAGGUUCUAAACACUAUAAUUUGCCAAUUAAACCGGCUUAAUUGGAACGGCAAGGACGGGAUUUAGCAUGAUCAGUAACUACGUAAUAGCAACAACAACAACUAAAGUAAAAUGGAAAAGGCUUUAAACUUUAUAGUUACUAGUCAUUAGUUUUCAUUUAUAGCUUAGUAAUAUGAUAAAAAAAAGAAACAAAUUGUUCAGUUUUCAUAGUUUAUCUUUUUUGCAUUUGUCUUAAUUUAACUGCUUUGUCAGUGUCCAUAGGAAACAUUUAAAAAGACUUGAAAGCUAAAAUUUAGCCUGGCAAUUGAUAAAUAGCUGUAUUGCCGAUAAUUCAUUACCGAUUUAUCGAUACAAAAAUCCUUAUCGAUGACACCUCUAGUUCUCAGUUCACAUUCUCUUACUUUUCACAAGUACGGGCAUUUAUCUUUAUGCAGUUAGUAAUACAUGUGUACUUGUUGUUGGUAAGCAAAUAUUCACAAUUCAUAUCCAGGAAUUGUUCACUAACUUCUUGAUUGCUUUUCUGUAAUCAGUGUUUUCUGUUGUUCACAUGUUUCAUCUGUUCUAGGUUAACAUUAAGUUACUGUUUUAAAUGAACUUAUGUUCAUAUUACAGUCACUGUUCACUAGAUCAAAUCACCAGUGCCAUUUGUUCACAGUACAUUUUGUAUACUGUUUACAACUGCUGGUGUUCAUCUUUUUUUUACAGUCAACUUGCUAUUGACAUUUUUUUUACAGGAUCUUCACAAUUCAUGUCUUGUUACUGUUCACAAGUACAGCUUACAGUAAUGCAGUCACUGUUCACUAGACACUGGAAUUGUUCACAGUAAAAUCACAUGCAGCCACUGUAAUUUGAUGUAGUUAUAAACAACUCCUUUUAAGUGUUCUUCUUAUCAAUUGUUUGAAUCAUACAUACUUUUUAUUUUCUUCUGCUACAGACACAUCUAGUCAUUUAUACUCAUUAUCUCAUUGCUUUCCUUAGAUGCUUCUUGUUUAGGUAGCCUUCAUCCUUAAAUUGCUGAAUUUCUAUAAUGGAUUUACCUCGCUUUGAAUUUGGAACAGUCCAUUCAAGGUUGAAGGGAGUUCAUAAAUAAAAAGGCCAAAUUUAGCUACUGGUAGUAAAGAGCCUGGUUAGACUGUAUGGUAGUGCAGGAUGGCUUGGCAUUAUACUAGAGGCUUGUCAUUUUCGGUUCAAGCAGGUUAAGAGUGUAGCAUAAAAAAUGACAAAAUGCAAUAAUUUAUGCAUAAUUUUGUUACAAUAGGGACUUUCCACUAUGCAAUAAUAUCAUAGGAAUUAAAACAUAUGUUAAUAUAUUAUUCAGACUUGGACACAACCUUACUUUUAAAGGAGGUGUUUAAGUUACAUGUAUUGAAAUAUGCCCUUAAUUUUUAUGGUCAAAUUUUCAAAAUUCAGAAAAUUGUCGGAUCAACUUUGUUAUGUAACAACAGAUUUUAUAAUAGUAGCAUUUGUAUUUCACAAGACCCUCCCAUUGAAUUUUAAAAUUUCUGUCUGCUUUAGAUGCAGGGGCAUCCAUUGCCAAGUGGUUACGGUCAGUGACUCAAAACCACUUGCCCCUCACCACUGUUGGUUGGAAUCCCACUAGGGAAUUGGGAUUCUUUCAUGUGAGGGAGCUAUACUGCUAGCUUCUGGAAUGUUGGUGUUUCUACUCAAGUGUGCAUCUGUGCCUAAAAUAAUGCACACAGGGAUUCCUGAGGUCUUCCUCCAUCAGUUGCCACCUAUUCUGUGUUGGUGCACCUUAAAAUCCAAACAGAAAAGAAAGAAAAAAGUAUAAAAAUGCAAAUAAGUUCUGUAUUUAAGCAAAAUUACAAAUUUUAUACUGUAAUGAUUUUAAAUGUUAUUCAGUUGAAAUUGUUAUUUAAUUCAUGCAAUACUGAUAUAAAUGAUGUAUGUUUCAUUUUGUAAACAGUGCUUUAAGAUUGUUAAAACGCCGAACCUCUCUGGUCUUAUGUCUCAUUAUAUUCCAUCCAGAAGCAUUUUGUUUUUGUUUUUUUAUCUGUUCAUUUUUGUAGGGUGUCGAUUGAUAUACAUGUACAUCACAGAAAAUUUUAUUUCUUGAUGGGCAUUUACAAUUGAAAGAUGUAUUCCAUACACCAAUGGCACAGUGUUUGUUACUUAAACUAGGGAAAGAAAUAUAUAAAACCUCAAAAAGAAAUGUAAAUAUAUUUUUGCAGACAUAACAAACAUGCAAGUCCAGGGGAGAUAAUUUGCUUUAUUGAAAGGUUUUUCAAAAUAAUUGACCAUUAAUGAUAGUUUACUGUAAAAUGUAUACAGAAAUAAAAACACAUGUUUCUUUACAUUGUGGGAAAUAAUUUCCCUUUGCAUUAGUUGUGGCAUUUGCACAUGCAUAAACCACUGCCAUUUACUUUUUGUUGAUCAGAUUAAAAGUUGAUAAUAAUGGGAAGAUAUGUAGAUUUUACCUGUGAUUUGCAAGGUAUUUGAAAUGCUUCUUUGCUUGGUAUUAGGAUUUUCAAACAAAUUAGAAAUGAGCCAUGUCACUACAAAACCAACAUAAUGCGUUUGCGACCAGCAUGGAUCCAGACCAGCCUGCGCAUCCGCGCAGUCUGAUCAGGAUCUAUGCUAUUGGCUUACAAACCCUAAUACAAGUAGAGAAACUGAUAGCGAACAGCAUGGAUCCUGAUCAGACUGCGCGGGUGCGCAGGCUGGUCUGGAUCAAUGCUGGUCGCAAACGCAUUAUGUUGGUUUUGUCAUGACAUGGCUCAAAUUAAAAAUAGUGCAAUAAAGCUUUUAAAUAGCGAUGUUGAUCUCCGUACAUGUAUUUCUUGUUGUGUUUUGGCUAUAAUCUUAACCAUAUAUAACCAGUGAGUAUUUGUUUUCUUCCAAAGUAUUUUUUUUCUUCCCAUGUUUUUCAGAUAUAUAUAUUAUGUAUAAGUGAUGUCUUACCUUUUUAUAGACUAUAACAAAGACAAAAAAAAUAGUAUAUGUAUAAUACAUUAUUUCAAAGUGACAUUAUGCUCUUUUAUUUCACUGUCGAAGUGAGCUGAAUUGGCUGCAUUGUCACUUAAGUGCAGUAAUGGGUUAAGUCCUUCUGAAUUUAAUAGGAGUUAACCAGCUAUUGCAAGAAAGUGACAAUAUACUUAAAAAGACUGACUAUACUGAUGAUCAUUGACCAAUGAAAAAUGUUCAGGAUAAAAUACAACAACUGCCUAAAAUAUGAAAAAAAUGAUACAUUCCAAAGAAUAUUUAUAGAAUUUUCUGUGAGUCAUGUGGGCUAUUGAUACAUGAACUAGACUAUUAAAUUAAAAACAAUCAUCGCAAAGUCUAAAGUUAUUUUUUCUUUGACCUAUACUUAACUUUUUAUUCUUGGGUGGACUUAAUGUCACUUUAACUUUUUUUCUGUCAUUUGAUGGUUAUAUAUUUCAAAUGAUUUGUGUAUUUAAUUGUAUAUUUACACCUGUAAUUGAAUACCUACAUAAUAACUGGAAAUAUCUUCUGAAUUAUGAAGGAAUGUAAUUCUAGAUAAAACUCAUUUUUCCCUUAGAAAUAAUUUGUUGAGAGUUAAGUUCCCU